UUGGAAUGUCACGUUAAAUCCAAUUUGUUUGUUUUUAGCAAUAAAAUUUGUAUUAAAAAAAGAAGAAGUUGGGUUAUACGUGGCUUGUUCCAACACACUCAGUCUUAUUACUUACAACAAUUACCCAUCAUACAAAUCACACAAAGAUUGUCAAGGCUGAGUCGUUUGAACUGGGGUUCCCUCACCUGUCUAGCUCCCUGCUAUGCCACACUGGGUUUUGCUCAUGACCAACUUUGGUUGCCUUGACGCUAAGCCACAAAGUGGUUGAUUUCAUCUUUUGGUUUGGUGUGAUAAUCUAGCCAUCGUGGCUUUGUAUUAUCUCUAAUCAGACCACUGUGGCUUCUUUAGCAAAUUGUAGCAAAAAUUAGAAACAAUAAGGAUUUAGAUGCAUUAGAACUGAAUAUAUCCCUUUGAAACUAUAAUUAGGAAAGCAUAAAGCAUGGUUGAAGCUGUUAGUCAUAAUUAAUUAAAUCCUGACUUAAGAAGCAAAGAUAUAGCUGCUCUUUAAAUGCUAAUACAUACCCUCUACGCUUCACGGUUCCCAUGAGAAAGUAACAAAUCCAGGAGGACUUGGUAAUAAUAUCCAAAGCUAUAAUGUCCAAAGCUAUGUUGUAUAGCUUCUAAACAAGUUACUCUUUUUUAGAAAUCAUUAACCAUGGUUCCUUGUUCUCAUGUAACCGAAAUCUAUAUAUUUAAGUGCAAUUUCCUGGCUUCUCCAAUUUAAAUAAAAGGAGAAGUAACGGGGCUUGCAGGCUCCUGCAAAAAGCUCAUGCAUAUUUGACUUUACAAAGUAGGACUGCGAAAAGUGCUAGAGCACUUGCCGAAUGGAGUUGAAGUCCACAUGCCUUAAAAUUGUCAAGGUUGAGAAACGUGCUAGAGAAUUCCUGGAAGCCCUGACACUCAGACAAAUUGGCCAUCAAUGGGUACAUAGAGAUAAACAACAUCUACAUGCCAUUCAAAAGAGACAAACAAAAAGCUAAAAGACCACACACCUCCUGGCCAGCAAUCAACACCCAGAUAGGCAGAGAUUAACUCCAAGAUUAAUACAAGACCAACAAUGAAUAAUACCUCAAUCAAGGAAGUACCAAUGAGCUAACAGUAAAUAACGGGUUAAUCAAGGAAACACCACCAAGACUACUCCCAUCAACACUGACAGGACAAGACACUGGUAUAUACAAGGAGAGCAAAUCCCUCUCUCUUCUAGCACUGAUGACAUUACCUAGUUUGGUAAUGAAAUGUCUGCAAGAAAAUAAUCUUAGAGAGCACCAAGGACCCCACAAGAACUGUGACUGUCAAAACCAGAUCAAUUCGAAAACACACCCACCCUAAUCUUUAUUAAGAUUCUUGAAAGAAAGCUGCGAGAGAUGAAUGAUAUUCUCAUAAGUAAUGCAAGGAAAUGAUGCAAGCAAGCAAGUAGAAAAUCCUUUGUCUUGUAAGAGAAAAAAAUAGAAAUACAUAAUGUAUAGUUAUGCUAACAUUUUUCACUCAACUUCACAAAUAGCCUCUUGAUUCCUCCUGCUGUUCUUAACUUUUUGGCAGGAAUUUUGGUGUUCUCUCUUUCGUCUGUGGAAACAGCUACACUGACAUGUUUAAAUAUUUCUUAAUUUGAGGGGCUUCCGGUGUUGUCCACUGAUAAACUUCCUCUUUAUGUCAGGCUAAGAUCCUUUUGCAAUAUAUGCAAACCACCAUACCAUUUAAAGUGUUUUGCUGCAGUCUCACUUCCCUGAUCUUCUAACACUAAAAGCUAAUGCUAUAAACAAGAGAUUAAAUAUUGCAGGAGAAAUCCCAAAGAGGUCCCCGGAAUUUCGACAAUGGCGAUCAAGCCCAUCGUUCUAAUUUUCAUCUACGGACAACUGUGGUGGAACUAUGCCGCUGGAAAGACAAAAGGGCCUGCAAGUGUGUCGCUCAAUGCUGAACCCCACAACUCUCCAUUUCAAGGAAGUCAAUCAAAAGACCUUAUCAAAAAUGAACAGCAAUCGUCUUCCAGCAAGCCCCAGCUUCCCACCACAACAAAAGAACCUAAACUUGCAGAUGAACAUUUUAUAGCUGCUGUGGUCAUUGGGGUCAUCUUGCUGCUCAUGAUCCUGAUUAUCGUUGCCAUCUUCCUUUGGAGGCAACGGAAAAAGUCAAAUGUACCUCUUCCCCACUGGGCAGGACGCUCCCCAUUUGCCGAUGGAGACAUGCCUGACCUUACGGUAGAUAAAGAACCUAUACAAGGUAUAAAGCGGAUGUCCGUUCUCUCUCUUUUGCCGUGGAAAUUUAGCAAGGAUACACAACUGCUGGAAAAUGCAGAAGGACAACUGUCUGAAUCAAGGAAGACCUUGGAUGUUCCACAGGGAUCUGGUGAGGCAGGUACAGAGAGCGAGUCAAGCCACACUGCCACGGCAACCUUGGAUUCUUCAACCAGCAACCAAACCCAAAUUUCCGAGGAACUAAACAACUUAACCGGCAUUUCACUUCAGCCUGAGAGUCCAAGGCUACAAGAUCCUCCUUUGUCCAACUGGCCCAGUGGAGUCAAUGGGGAUAUUUUUACUCCUAAAUCCUAUCCCAUGGAACAACAUGUAGAAAUCCAGUGCUCUCUAUCACCUGAUCUGUCCCAACAAAAUGUUGAUGAAACAGUGUUACUUCCUCCACCGCCAGAAGAAUUUUUGUGUAACUGAUUUUUAUAGAUAUUGGAGCAAACACUGAUUUCAUACAGUGAAACAAAAUGGAGGAGGUUCAUUUAGUUUCAACUUUCUAUACGGGUAGUCCUUGACUUACAAUUGGUACCAGAAUUUCUGUUGCUAAAGAAGGUGGUUGUUAAAUGAGUCGCGCCCAGUUUUAUGAUCUUUUUUGUCACCGUUGUUAAGCAAAUCACAGAAGUUAAGUGACUCACAUAUCAUAAAGUGAAUUCAGCUUCUCCUUUUGACUUUGCUUUGCCCACUGGGAAGGUCACAAAUGGCAACUACGUGACCCUGUGACACCACAACCAUUGUACAUACAUGCCAGUUGCCAAGCACCAGUAUUUUGAUCAUGAGACCUGUGGGGAUGAAGACAGUCAUAAAUGCAAGGACUGGUUGUAAAUCACUUUUUUCAGUGCCGCUGUAAUUUCAAACAGUCACUAAAUGAAUGGUUGUACGUUGAGGAAUACUUCUACUUCCAAAAAUGCUUUCAGGAAGACCCCUUAAGCAACUUACUCUACAGUCUCUAAUAUUCCAAAAUGAGCCUUACUUGCAAAGACAGACUUCAGAAACACCUGCCCCAUGGAUUUAUGCUCCUACAUUCUUUCAUUUGGAAAAUGAGGAGUUUUUUGUUUUUUUUUUAGCCCUUAUCACCCUGGAAUCCUUCUAAUCUGGUGUGAACUUUUCUAAUAAAAAACCUACACUUAAUGUGACUAUUUAGUGCUUUUAAAUAAUCACUCAGCAGUGUGGAGGUUUGACAUUGGUGCCUGCAGUUUGAAGCUGACCCUUUCGAGAAAUUUUCUCUUUUGAAAUUAUACCACAACCACAUGGAAAUUUCUGCACAGCUUCUGACUUAAUUGUCAUUUUGAAUUUCAUAAUUCUUUUCCUUCCCUUAUUACCCUCAGACCAGCGGUUCCCAUCCUUUUCUAUACCCCGCAGCCCUAGAACGCUUCUGAUGUAUUCUCGCAUCUUUUACAAAAGUUCAAAAUAAUAGCAAUUAAUUAUGCAUAUACAAUAUAAUUUAAAAAAACCCAAGUUUUUGCACCACCUGGAAUAUUCUCUCGUACCCCCAGGGGAUGCGAGCACCCCCAGUUGGGAACCCGUACCUUAGACCUUCAGUUGCGUCCUGUCUACCCACAAAGUUAUCAAGAGUUUAUUCCCUCCUAGUUUACAUUUUGCUUGAAAGCCUAUUUAUAUAUCUUAUCUAAAAAGCUGUGCCAAAAGCACUUGACCAUAAACUGAACUACUCCUGGUUUCCAAAUUCUUAUACCUUUGCCAACUGUGAUACAUUAUGUUCUAUUACUCAUAUUAACUGGGAAUGAUAAGAAUACUUGUUGGCUUCAUCUUUAGUGUGGGAUGGGUUCACAGGUUGUAUUUGUGCAAUUGCAUUUCUACCCAUAGAGAAGCAUGACAAUUGUUCUAUUAAUCAAAGAGGAUCAGAUUACUAACUUUCAAGAGAUCAGGACUUCUUUUACUACCAAAAGAGCCACAGCUUUAUUCUCUCACAAGGACAAUUAUUCCUAGAUGCACUUCAAGAAAGAUUUUAGUCCAGUUGUCACAAAGCAUUAGAAACCUUAAGCCAGCUUUCCUUAAGUUUGCUGGCAAAUUGUAUGAAUCGCCAUCCCAAAAUAGUUUGAAGUAUUUGAAGAACCAUAAAGAGAUUUCUCCUUAGUGUUGUUAAACUUCAGCAAAUAUUUGCAAUUAUUUUAAACUAGCCUGGGAAGAAUUUUGUUUGGGAGAGUUUUUACUAAAGGAAUGCUACAAGUGAUCAGAAGCAAAAUUUGGGAAGUCUGGCCUUAAGUCAGACAUGAGAUACAAAGACCAAAUUUUUGUCUUCAGUGGGUCACUGAGAAAUGUAUGAAUGAGACAAGAAAGAAAAUAGUACGUUUGUUGCUACAAACAAAGUUAUACAAUAAAAUGAAUCAGCCUGAAUGAUUAAAUGUUUUAUGGAAACACAGAGUUGAAAAUUGGUGGCUGAAUGAGAUAAGAGGGGGAUAUGAUGGAAGGAAACCCAGUAUGAGAACAAAUAGCAUAUUUGGUUCAACACUGAGCAGAGGGCAAGACAAAACUGGGUGAUAUUCCUUUGCUUCUUUAAUGCACUUAUCAAGAAUGUUUUUGGUGUCAUUAGAAAUAUUUUGGGCAGAGAAAUGAAAACUUGGUUGCAGUUACUGUAACUCUAGUAAAGGCAGUACAACCAAUUAUUGAAUCUCAGGAGGCAAUUACUGUUUCACAGUGCUAUGUCACAGGCCGCAUAAUUUUGUAAAGAAAUGUAUGAAAUAAGCAUUGUCUACUUGUUUGUUCAGACUUCCUUUACGUAUCAGCAGGACCCCUAUAAAGCCUUGAUAACAUUUGGAGAUAAAGAUUGGGGGGGGGGAAAUGAGAGAAAACUGUACAUUAGAGCAGGGGUCUCCAACCCCCGGUUUGUGCAUGCCAACAAGGGGCUGCACAAACAAGCAAAACCCCAUCCUCGGGAUGCAGGCAAUAUUCAAAACCAUACCCCCUCUGGUCCAGGGAAAAACCUUUCUCCAUGGCAUUGGUCCCUGGUGCCCAAAAGGUUGGGGGCCUCUGCACUAGAGUUCCUAGUGCAGGUGAUUUAACUCAGUUUAGUUUUCCAGGGAGUCUUGAGUAGGUGGGUAAACACUGUUUAGACCCAAUGUGUGCUAACCCCUACAUCGGAUCUCUGCACGAGUUUUAGAGAAGUAAGCCUUCCUUAUUUUUAAAAGCAUUUUCCUGUUUGAAAUGAUUCAUCUGGCUUGAUUGGAUAAUGCUUGUAUAAUUUUCUUGUUUUUACUUAACUAGGAUUUCCCCCAGAAUUUAUAACUAUCUUGUAUCAUGGGACUUCACUUCGUCAAAGUAACUUUAUGGUAACUACAUAGCUGUACUGCUAAUAAACUUCAUCUGUAUCAUGUCUGCUGUUAAUCUGCACGUUUCCAAUUGUUAAGUAAUGGAAAUAACCAGAUAGGAAAACUAUUUCCUGAUAGAAAAAAUUCUGAUUUACUCUGUCCUUCAGGGAAUUCAUGUGUUUGAGUGGAUGUAUGAAUCCAGACAGAUUCUCAUAAAAUAUUCCACGCUUGCUUCAAACACACUGAGUUGAUACUGAACAUAAUUCUUAAGUUAACACAUUGCAGUAAAUAAUUCUUUAUUUAUUGAAUGAACUGCAAUUGGCUGGGUUCACACAAUAUUCUAAAGUAAAAUCAAACAGAACAUAUUACAGGGCAUUGUGAUAUAUGAAGAGAGAGAAAGAGAAUGAGUAUGAGAAUAAACAAUAUAUAAAGUUCAUUUGUUCACAUAACACGAAAAAUAUAUCAUGCUAUAACACAUGAUCUGCUUAACUAUGAUUUACUGAAUUAACAAUAAACCCCAGUUUAUAAAUCACUCUUCCAUAAAAAUCAUACAUGCUAAUCCUCAAACAAGUAAGCCACCUUAUGGUUUAUGUGUUGUGUGAAUCCAGUUAAGGUCUCUGUAAUUUCAUCCAUAAAAUGGGGUUAGAGCAAAUAGUACUUGAUUACUCGGAUCACAAGGCGAGUUCAUGAGGAAUUACAUUUAAUUAAAUGCUCAAUUAAUUAAAAUUGAAGGCUGAAAUAUUAAUGACAGGGAAAAGGCAGAACUGUGUUUACAACUGAGCCAAACCACCAGCCCUAUUCCAUGCAAGAAUACACAAUUAUGUGUUGGUCCAGAUACACCUGUUAGCUAUACAAAAACUGUUGUUUAUUCUUCUCAAAGGACUUGCAAAACAGGAAAUUGGCAUUUCAAAUGUGGCCAAUUUCUUGUUAAAUAUGCAAACAACGUGCAACUUACUUUCCUUCCACCCAGCAAUCAUUGUAGUUGUUCACAUUGUCCACAUAUUCACACGGAAACUGGAACUGUGAGUGCUACAAUGAUCCUACAACCAUAAAAAGGUUCCUCCUGGUCUGGUUUUGCCGGUGUCAUCUGUGCCCUCCGACUGUCCUCUUCCCAGACACCAAUAAUGCAGGUGACGAGAAAUAGAAACCCCGACUAGGGCACAGGUAGUGGUACAAUUAUGACUACAAUUAAGUCCAAAAUUUAUGUUGCUAAGCGAGAGAGUUGUUAAGCGAGUUUUGCCCAAUUUUAUGACCUUUCUUGCCAUAGUUGUUAAGUGAACCCCUUAACACUGAUAGCACUGCUCCAAUAUCUCCGGGGCUGCCACAAAGAAGAGGCAGUCAAGCUGUUCUCCAAAGCGC